AUGAAGGCCUGGCUUCUGUCCCCAGCUGCGGCUACGGCUGGCCCAGGCGUUGUUGCUGGUCGCGCGGAAGCAUCCUUUGAGGAGUUUUGGAAGAAGCUACCGAAGGCGGUGGUUGCCCAGUCUAGUCCAGAAUUCGAGGUCCUGAAGCUUGCAGACGGUACUGCAUUCCCAGAUCCUGGCCAUUCCACGACUUUGCUUGUUCGCCCAUGCUACCACACCCUGUGUAAGAAGAUCUUUGCAUCUGUGGGCAAGUCUGAUCCCCCCUCCCGCCAAGUCCUCAUUCGCGGCACGCCAGGCAAGCUGAUGGGUUUGAGUGCGGGAGCUAAACUGUUCUGGGAAAUGGGCGAUGGUAUUGGCAAGAGCACUUUCCUGGACUACUUGCUUUAUCAGCUGGCAUGCCGGGGCGAAACCGUCGUGUGGUGCAGCAAGACCGUGAAACGUGCACGGUUCAUAUGUGACGCGGUGGAGCCUGAGUCCACGAAGGCAAUUACUGUUAUGGCAUCAUCUCCACGCAAAUCAAACUACAACGUGAGUACAUUUACAUAG